ACAUUCGCAAUCCACAACAACUGCACACAUGUCUGUAUGUAUGUAUAAAACCCUGUUUUAUUCCCGUGAGAACUUAUACUACCCACAAUUGAACAUUUCGAUGUCUUCACCAAGAACAGUUGCAGUCUGUGUGUUUGUUUUUGUCUGCCUCUUCGUAUCAGAAUGUAAGGGCGUCGACGAGGGGUACAAACCUGCCCCUACCUGUGCGCGUCUCGAGUGCCCUCCAUACAAACUAGUUCACACCCAGAAAGAGUUCGAGAUCAGAAGUUACGAUGAGGGUUUGUGGCUGUCGAGUCCCGAAAUCACUGCACUUACGUACAAGGAAGGUGCUUCCAAAGGUUUCCGAAUCCUAUUUUCUUACUACAAAGGCAACAACACCGAACGAGUUACAAUCAACAUGACAGCACCCGUUCUAAUUGACAUUGGUCAGCACUCGACAUUCACUGUCUACUUUUACGUGCCCAAAAAGUACCAGACGGGCACACCUCUACCCACACCCCUCACAGAUCAGAUAAAGAAAGUGACUCUGCCAAAAUUCAAGUAUACAGCAGUUAGAAGGUUUGAUGGCCCUAUAUUAGACUUCAGUAUUAGAGCAGCCAUUGCGGCCUUACAGAAAAGCCUUCAAGGCACGCCUUAUCAGCGGGCUGCAGAUGGCCCCUUCACCGUUGCUGGCUAUAAUUCCCCGCGUCAGCUCACUCAUCGUGUUAACGAAAUUUGGGUGGGGUUCAAUUGAUUGAUGAGACGUACAAUGUUUUUACAAUAUUUCCUUUGAUUGGGUUUAAUAAGAAUAUAUGAUGUGUCGUGUACUAUUAUGACAAUGUUAGUUUACAUUCUCGAUAAAAUAUU